GCAGCUCAGAAUUGAGGCAAAUCCACUCCAGCUAGCACCAUGCUGCUCCCAUCCUCAGCUCUCCCAGGCUUUCUGUGCUUGCUCCUCUUGCCUGCCUUCUCCUGCUCCUGUCCCAGCCGCUGCCUGUGCUUCAGGACUACAGUGAGAUGCAUGCAUCUGAUGCUGGAAACCAUCCCUGAGAUCCCACCCCAGACAAGCAUACUAGAUCUACGCUUCAACCGCAUCAGGGAGAUACAACCUGGAGCCUUCAGGAGACUGAAGAACCUCAACACCCUGCUGCUGAACAACAACCAGAUCAAACAAAUUGUGAGAAGAUCCUUUGAAGAGCUGGAGAACCUGAAAUACCUCUACCUUUAUAAAAAUGAAAUUCAGAGCAUCCAGCAUCAUGCCUUCAGUGGGCUCCACUCCCUGGAACAGCUCUACCUGCAUUUCAACAACCUGGAGAGCUUGGAGCUGGAGACUUUCAGUGACCUGCCUCAACUUGAAAGGCUAUUCUUGCACAACAACAAGAUUUCCAGGAUACAUCCAGGGACCUUCUCUCAACUGGCAUCCCUCAAACGACUGAGGCUGGACUCCAACACCUUGCUUUGUGACUGUGACCUGAUGUGGCUGGCUGAGCUGCUGAGGAGCUACGCGCAGCAGGGCAGCAUCCAGACAGCUGCCACCUGCGAGGCUCCGCGGGAGCUCCACGGCCGCUCCAUCGUCACCCUCACUGCCCAGGAGUUUAACUGUGAGAGACCUCGCAUCACCUCUGAACCCCAGGAUGCUGAUGUCCUCUUGGGAAACACAGUUUACUUCACCUGCAGGGCAGAAGGCAACCCCAAACCUGCCAUCAUUUGGCUGCACAACAAUAAUGAGAUUGACAUGAAGGAUGACACUCGCCUCAACCUCUUGCAAGAUGGUACCUUGAUGAUCCAGAACACCAAGGAGUCAGACAAAGGAGUCUACCAGUGCAUGGCCAAGAACAUAGCUGGGGAGGUCAAGACACAAGAAGUUGUGCUGCGCUAUUUUGGCACCCCAUCCAAGCCCACUUUUGUGAUCCAGCCACAGAACACUGAAGUGCUGAUCGGGGAAAGCGUCACCUUGGAGUGUGGGGUCUCUGGGCACCCCCACCCUCGCAUCAGCUGGACCCUUGGCACAGGCUCUCCUUUACCACAGGAUCCCCGUUUUGCUAUCACCACCUCUGGAGGCCUCUUCAUCCAGAACGUCACCUUCUCAGACCAGGGACAGUACAACUGCAAUGCCAGCAAUGCUGAGGGAUCCAUCCAGGCAACAGCAAGGAUCAUAGUGCAAGACUCUCCCAGGUUUCUCCUCAUUCCCACUGACCAGACAGUGACUGAGGGACAAAGUGUGGAUUUCCCCUGCUCUGCUGAGGGCCACCCUCCACCUGUGAUUACCUGGACAAGGGCAGGUGGGCAGCUGCCGAGCGACCGGAGGCACAGCAUCCUCUCCACGGGCACCCUGCGGGUGAUGCGGGUGGCUCUGCACGACCAAGGCCAGUAUGAAUGCCAUGCCAUCAGUGCCAUCGGGGUGAAGAGCCUCCCAGUGCAGCUCUCAGUGACUCCUCGAGUGAUACCUGUGUUCCUCCAUCCUCCCCAAGAUGUGGUGGCAGAGACAGGCCAGGAUGUUGCCAUUACCUGCAGUGCCCAAGGAGAGCCAAGGCCCACCAUAACCUGGGUGAAGGAGGGUAUCCAGAUCACAGAGAGUGGCAAGUUCCACAUAAGCCAAGAUGGGACCCUUUCCAUUCAAGACCUCGGCGUGGCUGACCAGGGCAGAUACGAGUGCAUAGCAAGAAACCCCUUUGGCUUCACCUCCAGCACCAUGCAGCUCACCAUCACUGCCACAGAUGUUGGCCGGAGUGGGGACACGUUUGUGGUCACAUCACUACGAGAGGCCAUCAGCAGCGUGGAUCAGGCCAUCAAUUCCACACGCACAGAGCUGUUCAGCAAGCGCCCCAAGACCCCCAAUGACUUGCUGGCUCUCUUCCGCUACCCCCGGGACCCCUACACCAUUGAAACAGCCAGGGCAGGUGAGAUCUUUGAGAGGACCUUGCAGCUGAUUCAGGAACAUGUGCAACAAGGUCUAAUCGUGGAUAUGAAUGUCACAGGCUAUCGUUACAACGACCUGGUGUCCCCUCACUACCUGGCCAUGAUCGCCAACCUGUCCGGCUGCUCUGCCCACCGCCGCACACCCAACUGCUCAGAUAUCUGCUUCCACCAGAAGUACAGGACCCACGACGGCUCCUGCAACAACCUCCAGCACCCAAUGUGGGGAGCAUCUCUCACUGCCUUCCAGAGGCUCCUCAAACCUGCCUACCAGAAUGGAUUUAACCUCCCCCGGGGCUUCUCCUUGGCAGAAGAUGCCAGGGACUUGCCUCUCCCUCUCCCUCGCCUCGUCUCCACGGCCAUGGUGGGGACGGAGACCAUCACCCCCGAUGACCAGUUCACACACAUGCUGAUGCAGUGGGGACAGUUUCUGGACCACGACAUGGACCAGACGGUGGCAGCCAUCAGCAUGUCCCGCUUUUCAGACGGCGCGCCCUGCAGCCAGGUGUGCAGCAACGACCCGCCUUGCUUCUCCGUCACUGUGCCUGCCAACGACCCCCGCGUGAGGAACGGCCGCUGCAUGUUCUUCGUCCGCUCCAGCCCCGUCUGCGGCAGUGGCAUGACCUCCCUGCUGAUGAACUCCGUCUACGCCCGGGAGCAGAUCAACCACCUGACCUCUUACAUCGACGCCUCCAACGUUUACGGCAGCACGGAGCAGGAAUCGCGGGAGCUGCGGGAUCUGAGCGGCCAGCGGGGGCUGCUGAAGCGAGGGCAAGUUGUGGCCGGCUCAGGGAAGCAUCUCCUCCCCUUUGCCGUGGGGCCACCGACCGAAUGCAUGAGAGACGAGAACGAGAGCCCCGUGCCAUGCUUCCUGGCGGGAGACCACCGUGCCAACGAGCAGCUGGGGCUGACGGCCAUGCACACGCUUUGGUUCCGCGAGCACAACCGCGUGGCCACGCAGCUGUCGGCCCUCAAUCCCCACUGGGAUGGGGACCUCCUGUACCACGAGGCGCGGAAGAUCGUGGGUGCCCAAAUGCAGCAUAUCACCUACACCCAGUGGCUCCCCAAGGUCCUCGGGGAAGCUGGCAUGAAGAUGCUGGGUGAGUACAAAGGCUACGACCCCAACGUCAACGCGGGGAUUCUCAAUGCCUUUGCCACUGCUGCCUUCCGCUUCGGGCACACCCUGAUCCACCCCGUCCUGUACCGGCUGAACGAAACCUUCCAGCCCAUCCACCAAGGCCACCUCCCCCUGCACAAGGCCUUCUUCUCCCCUUUCAGGAUCACACAGGAGGGUGGGAUCGAUCCCCUCCUCCGUGGGUUGUUUGGAGUUCCUGGGAAAAUGAGGGUCCCCUCUGAACUCCUCAACAUGGAGCUGACGGAGAAGCUCUUCUCCAUGGCACACUCUGUCUCCCUGGACCUGGCUGCUAUCAACAUCCAGAGAGGGCGAGACCAUGGCAUCCCACCUUACAAUGACUUCAGGGUCUUCUGCAACCUCUCAUCUGCACAGGAGUUUGAGGACCUCAGGAAUGAGAUAAAGAACUUGGAGAUCAGGGAAAAACUCAGGAGUUUGUAUGGAACUACCAAAAAUAUUGACCUGUUCCCAGCCCUGAUGGUGGAGGAUCUUGUCCCUGGUACCAGAGUUGGCCCAACGCUGAUGUGCCUGCUAACAACACAGUUCAGAAGGCUGAGGGAUGGAGAUAGAUUUUGGUAUGAGAACCCUGGAGUCUUCACAGCAGCGCAGCUGACUCAGAUCAGGCAGGCAUCCCUUGCUCGUGUCAUCUGUGACAACAGCGACCACAUCCAGCAGCUCCAGAGGGACGUCUUCAGGGUGGCACCAUACCCACAGGGCAUGGUGGGCUGUGAGGAGAUUCCCACGGUGGACCUCCGCCUGUGGCAGGACUGCUGCGAGGACUGCCAGACACGAGGGCAACUCAGGGCUCUUUCCCAGCGCUUCCGAAGGAAGAGGUCUCCAGGCUUCAGCUACCCAGAGGAAAGCCCUGCCAAGGUGAAGCCUGCCUCCUCCAGAAAUGAGAUGCCUUCUCCAAGCCCUUCCUCCAGAGAGGAUCUCGAGUCCCUUGUGGCUGAGCUGGAGAAGACAGUUGCUUCUCUGCAGAAACAGGUACAUGCACUAGAGGGCCAGCUGAGGUGGCACCAGAGGAGCAGCAGCACUCAUGGGCAGAGGAGGAAGACUGGAGACAAAUGGUGACAAAGAUGA